AUGCAGGAUGCCCGGGGCACCUGUCCUGGCGCCCCCAGGGAUGCUGGAGAUGCUUGGGGGCCAGGCCUGUGCCGGGGUGAGAUCGAAUUCGGAGGCUCUGGAAAGAAGCGAGGCAAGUUCGUGAAGGUGCCGAGCAGUGUGGCCCCCUCCGUGCUCUUCGACCUCCUGCUGGCCGAGUGGCACCUGCCAGCCCCUAACCUCGUAGUGUCCCUCGUGGGCGAGGAGCGGCCUUUUGCCAUGAAGUCCUGGCUGCGGGACGUCCUGCGCAAAGGGCUGGUGAAGGCGGCUCAGAGCACAGGUGCCUGGAUCCUGACCAGCGCACUCCGCGUGGGCCUCGCCCGGUAUGUCGGGCAGGCUGUGCGCGACCACUCGCUGGCCAGUACGUCCACCAAGGCCCGCGUGGUGGCCAUCGGUAUUGCCUCGCUGGGCCACGUCCUGCACCGUCAGCUUCUGGACGAUGCCCAGGAGGACAGCCCCGUCCACUACCCCAUGGAUGACGGCGGCAGCCAGGGCCCUCUCUGCUCCCUGGACAACAACCACUCCCACUUCAUUCUGGUGGAGCCGGGUCCCUCCGGGAAGGAGGACGAGCCCACGGAGCUGCGACUGAGGCUGGAGAAGCACAUUUCAGAGCAGAGGACCGGUUACGGGGGAACCGGCAGCAUCGAGAUCCCAGUCCUCUGUCUGCUGGUCAAUGGUGACCCCAGCACCCUGGAGAGGAUUUCCAGAGCUGUGGAGAAUGCUGCCCCGUGGCUGAUCCUGGCGGGCUCAGGGGGCAUCGCCGACGUGCUCGCUGCCCUGAUGAACCAGCCCCAACUCCUGGUGCCCCAGGUGGCCGAGAAGCAGUUUAAAGAGAAGUUCCCCAGUGAGCAUUUCUCCUGGGAGGACAUUGUGCGCUGGACCGAGCUGCUGCAGAAUAUCACCUCCCACCCACACCUGCUCACUGUGCACGACUUCGAGCAGGAGGGAUCCGAGGAGCUGGACACUGUCAUCCUCAAGGCUCUGGUGAAAGCCUGCAAGAGCCACAGCCAGGAGGCGCAGGACUACCUGGACGAGCUGAAGCUGGCCGUGGCCUGGGACCGGGUGGACAUCGCCAAGAGUGAGAUCUUCAAUGGCGACGUGGAGUGGAAGUCCUGUGACCUGGAGGAGGUGAUGAUGGACGCGCUGGUGAGCAACAAGCCCGAGUUUGUGCGUCUCUUCGUGGACAACGGGGCCGACGUGGCGGACUUCCUGACGUACGGGCGGCUGCAGCAGCUCUACCGCUCCGUGCCCCCCAAGAGCCUGCUCUUUGACCUGCUGCAGCGCAAGCACGAGGAGGGGCGGCACCCGCUGGCCGGCCUGAGCACCCAGCAGUCCCGCGAGCCGCCCGCAGGGCCGCCCGCCUUCUCCCUGCACGAGGUGUCCCGCGUGCUCAAGGACUUCCUGCAUGACGCCUGCCGCGGCCUCUACCAGGCGGUGAGCGGCCGGCGGGGGCUGGAGAGGGGGCCGGCCAGGCGGCCUGGGGGCCAGAAGUGGCUGCUGGACCUGAACCAGAAGAGCGAGAACCCGUGGAGGGACCUGUUCCUGUGGGCCGUGCUGCAGAACCGCCACGAGAUGGCCACCUACUUCUGGGCCAUGGGCCAGGAGGGUGUGGCAGCCGCUCUGGCCGCCUGCAAAAUCCUCAAAGAGAUGGCGCAUCUGGAGACAGAGGCCGAGGUGCAUCGCACCAUGCGCGAAGCCAAGUAUGAGCAGCUGGCCCUGGACCUCUUCUCCGAGUGCUACAGCAACAGCGAGGAGCGCGCCUUUGCCCUGCUGGUGCGCCGGAACCGCUGCUGGAGCAGGACCACCUGUCUGCAUCUGGCCACCGAGGCUGACACCAAGGCCUUCUUUGCCCACGAUGGGGUGCAGGCCUUCCUGACCAAGAUCUGGUGGGGGGACAUGGCCUCGGGCACGCCCGUCCUACGCCUGCUGGGCGCCUUCCUCUGCCCAGCACUCAUCCUCACCAACCUCAUCACCUUCAGUGAGGAGGCCCUGCCGAGGGGUGGCCUGGAGGACCUGCGGGAGCUGGACAGCCUGGACACAGAGAAGAGCUUGCUCUGCAGCCCAGGCAGCUGGGUGGAGGAGCCGACCAAAGCACCGAGGACUCAGGGCAACCGAGGCCUGCGUGCAGCCUUCCUGCUCACGCGCUGGAGGAAGUUCUGGGGUGCACCCGUGACCGUGUUCCUGGGAAACGUGGUCAUGUACUUUGCGUUCCUCUUCCUGUUCACCUUUGUCCUGCUGGUGGACUUUAGGCCACCUCCCCAGGGGCCAUCGGGGCCUGAGGUCACCCUCUACUUCUGGGUCUUUACACUGGUGCUGGAGGAAAUCCGGCAGGGCUUCUUCACAGACGAGGACACACAUCUGGUGAAGAAGUUCACGCUCUAUGUGGAGGACAACUGGAACAAGUGCGACAUGGUGGCCAUCUUCCUGUUCAUCGUUGGUGUCACCUGCAGGAUGCUGCCCUCCGUCUUUGAGGCCGGCCGCACAGUGCUUGCCAUCGACUUUAUGGUGUUCACACUCCGCCUCAUCCACAUCUUCGCCAUCCACAAGCAGCUGGGCCCCAAGAUCAUCAUUGUGGAGCGGAUGAUGAAGGACGUGUUUUUCUUCCUCUUCUUCCUGAGCGUGUGGCUCGUGGCCUACGGCGUGACCACCCAGGCGCUGCUGCACCCCCGCGACAGCCGCCUGGAGUGGAUCUUCCGGCGCGUGCUCUACCGGCCCUACCUGCAGAUCUUUGGGCAGAUCCCACUGGACGAGAUUGACGAAGCCCGCGUGAACUGUUCCGUGCACCCCCUGCUGCUGGAGGGCUCGCCCUCCUGCCCCAACCUCUAUGCCAACUGGCUGGUCAUCCUCCUGCUGGUCACCUUCCUGCUAGUCACCAACGUACUGCUCAUGAACCUGCUCAUCGCCAUGUUCAGCUACACGUUCCAGGUCGUGCAGGGCAAUGCUGACAUGUUUUGGAAGUUCCAGCGCUACCAUCUCAUCGUAGAGUACCACGAGCGCCCCGCCCUGGCCCCGCCCUUCAUUCUCCUCAGCCACCUGAGCCUGGUGCUCAAGAGGGUCUUCCAGAAGGAGGCCAAGCAAAAGCGGGCACGCCUGGAGAGAGACCUGCCGGAAGCCCUGGACCAAAAGAUGGUCACCUGGGAGGCUGUUCAGAAGGAGAACUUCCUCAGCAAGCUGGAGAAGCGGAGGAAGGACAGUGAGCAGGAGGUGCUUAGGAAAACCGCCCACAGGGUGGACUUCAUAGCCAAGUAUCUCGGCGGGCUGAGAGAGCAAGAGAAGCGGAUCAAGUGUCUGGAAUCGCAGAUCAACUACUGCACAGUGCUCCUCUCCUCCAUGGCUGACACGCUGGCCCAGGGCGACGCCUCCCGGAACUCUCAGACCUUCGGCAGUGGGAACUGGCAGGCCUCUGCUGACCAUGGAGGGGGCCCGGGCAGCAGGGAGCACCUAGAGGUUGGCCAGCCACCCUCAGACACCUAAGCUACUUGGACUGUCAACGAAAGGGGCCCAUCCUUCCCAGAGCUCUGGCCCCACGGUGGGCUGGGGUGCAUGGCUCUUAGCUGGUCAUCUUCAGCCCUGUGGACACACCAAGCUUCCUCCAGUUCCAGUGGAAUCCCCCAGUUGGAUGUGGCUCUCUAAACGAAUCAUUCUUUGCCCUACCUGGCACCUUCCUUGGCCCAAGAGCGCAGCAGGGUAUCAGGGGCCCUCUCCUGGACAGAAGCACUUGGAUUCCCUUCUAGAACCAACCAGCCUGGGCCAGCACAGCAAGCCCUCACUGAGCACCCUGUUGGAGCCACCUCCCGUUGGGCGGGCAAGCACCUGCACCCACCCCACCCAAUCUGUGCUGCCUGCUAAGAGUGAUGCUUUUGAAACUCUA